AUGAAAAUUCAACCAUCUCAGUACAUGUGGAAUGGAUUUAAGGACAAGCUCCAUUUUUAUCUUCUUCUUGGAAUAGUGCCGCUAGCCCUCAUCACCACCUAUGCCAACGUUUUCAUUGGCCAGGCAACUUUGACGGAAAUUCCAGAGGGAUACACUCCUCAUUAUUGGGAGUACUACAAGUCUCCUAUUACUCGAUUUCUUGCGAAAUACUUUCUGUACGACAAGUCGCUUGACUAUGAAACUCAUGUUGCCAGAGUAACUGAAGAUUCGGAAAUCAUAAUUUUGAGAAAGAUUGAGCGCGAACUUAAGGCAAUGAUGGCUACAAAGUCUGACAACAAGGCCUGGUACUACAUGGCGCAGAACUUUGACGACGAGCGGUUUACCCAUGAGUGGGAGGCAACUGAGCCAUUCCGCUAUUUUGGAACUCCCGAGGCAGGCGAUCCGCCAGGCAAUCAAAUG